AUGCAGAACAGGCUGUCAGGGGGCCUUGCGGGGUGGAGGGGUGAGGGGGGGUUUACCGUUAGAGUGUCACCCCACUAUGCGCUAAGAAUAGACGUCCCACAAUCCGAAAAUGACUCAACAUCGAAAGAAUUUAAGAACAAUGGCAUGGCUGCAGAUGUCCCGAUUCAAGAAAAUGCUUAUGUCAUGGGAGAACUUUACAGUAACGGGUUACAGCCGCCAAAGGCCGGUCAUGAGCACCCAAAGAGGGUGGUACUGAAGGUCCUUGGAACUCAUGAACCGGACCCUAGUGCUGAGACCGUUCCGUCAAGCCUAUUAAAAGCAGCAAGAGAAGCCUCGAAGCCCGGCUCGAACGAAUAUAUUCACAUUGUAUCGGACAUUCUACGUCAACAUGUAGAUGGCACAUCAAUUCUUUCACCAAAGGCUGCCGCAAAGGUUGUUCGAGACUUUACGCAAGAAUGUGACAAUCUCAUAGACUUCUUAAAGGAGCUCUGGGGAAGAGGAGGGCUUGAUGCUGAAUCAGAAGACCGGGUGCUUUGCGUUGGAGAAAGACUGUCUGCACAGUUUAUGACUGCUUUACUGGAAGAGAAGGGGACUCCUGCUUCUUACGUUGAUCUUUCAGAGAUAGCACCUAUCGACAAACGCCGAGAGUCACAGACAUUGUCGCAAGAAGUCUUCCGAGAUCUGUCCACCUUUGUUAGCAAAAGGAUUCAAGCUUGUGGUGAUAGUGUACCGGUAGGAGGUUAUUCUGAUCUUUUGGCUGCCAUUGUGGCUGUGGGCGUCGAUGCCAAAGAGUUACAGGUCUGGAAAGAAAUAGCAGGGGUCCACACUGCGGACCCAAGCAAAGUCCCAACAGCGACUUUGCUUUCAUCCAUACACCCUUCGGAAGCAAACGAGCUGACUUUCUAUGGCUCAGAAGUCAUACAUCACUUCACCAUCGAGCAAUGCAUACCUAAUAUACCUAUUCGAAUAAAGAAUGUUAGGCAACCACAACGACCUGGGACUCUAAUUCACACAGACGAAAUGGGAACCGUAAACUUUCCGGACGAAAGAAGACCAAAACGGCCAACUGCAGUGACUGUCAAAGAGAACAUCACAAUCGUUAAUGUGCAUUCCUACAGAAAAGUAGGAUCUCCAGAAUUUCUCCAAGAAAUUUGCUCGACACUUGCCAGGUGGCAAUUGUCCGUCGACCUUUUUGAGUCUGUUACCUGGCUCAUAUUACAGUCCUGUUUUGCUGAAUUGAUCACUAGAUUGAAUGAGACUCAUGUCUCGUUAGCCGUUCACUCCAAGUCGUCCUUAAUCACAAUGGUAGGCCAAAAAGACCGCGAGGACGAUUUGUCUCAGCACCACAAUCUCGACUCCGCCAUCGAAGAACUGAAGGCCUAUGGGUCUGUCGAGGUCUUGCACAAAAUGGCCAUUCUCUCGUUAAUUGGAAGGGGACUCAAAAGGUCUUUCGGCAUGGCUGGCAAGAUGUUCUCCGCUUUAGGAAAUAACAACAUCAACAUCGAAAUGAUAUCGCAAGGUGCAAGCGAAGUGAGUGCUCUGCCUAGGAUCAUCAUCAAAUGA